AGUAGUGGUGCCGUCGUCCGCGUGAGCAGGUGAAGGCCUUCGUGUCACGAUAGCUGCUCGACGACCUGAGGGUCCUCGCCCCGCGACGUAAAAUGGGAACGUAAGAACGCGACGCAGCAGGGCCUUGAAUACCUCACCUUCAAGCCCGCCGACUCCAACAUAUAAUUCACCCUCUUUCCUCCCGCUAACGCCAUAUCCGCCCACCGCGGCUUAGCGGGCAACGACCAAUGAGUACGCUCGGAGCAAGUACAAACUGACUAAAGCGCUGGGGGAUGAUCGAUUCGCGAUAGAUCAAUUGAUCUAUGUCGCUUUGCGAUCGAUGAAGAAUGACGGAGUCGCGGGCGCGCGUGGGCGCCGCCGCCUAAUCGCGACUGACGGAUCAAUGUAACGCUCCGCGCGCUGCGUUCCGCAGGCGAAGACAAUCGUAAUUGUUUAGGUAGUUGACUCAGAAUUAAGACGUAAAUAGGUAUAUAGAUAUAUAUAUAUAUGUAUAAGAGCAGAUAUAUAUACACAGAUAUAUAUAUACACACACCCACAAAAGAAGUAUAGAUCAAAAACAGAAAUCACAAUCUCUAUUAUAUAUACAUAUAUUAUUUGUUGAGAGUCUCCCGAUCACAUGUUAUAUAUUAUAAAUAUAUUGACUACUGAUCGCCGGAUCGAUCAAGUAUAUCACGAGUAACACGAGUACCUUGAGCGGGCAAUAACCGAGCAGAGAACGCAAGCGGAGAUCCGAGCGAGUGCCGAGAGUACUCCGAGAUACAUACAACUCCAGAGAGCGGACGGACCCGGAGAUCCGAUCACGAGAGAUUUAAGAUUUCAAUAUAAAUUAUCAGAGGGUCCACACGCGAGUCUAAGCGCUCGAAAGAACGCGUUGCACGAGAUCCCACGUACGACGAGAGGGAAAUCGGGUGAGCCUGUAAUCCAAAUAAUUCGUCCGAGAGAAGAAAGAUUUUAUGAUUUUAAGAAUAUAGAGAGAAUUUAAUUUGAAAGAGAAAUAUAUAUAUUAUACAUAUAUAUAAAUGUAGUAGGAGAUACCUCGAGAAGAGUCCGAGUCCUUAAGGAGACAGCGAUAUCGAGCGAUAUAAAACAUAGCGAGAGAAAUAUAUUUCGAAGACGAAAUGACGUUUCACGUUGAACGCAUAAGAAUUGCCUAAUGCCAUUUUCGAACUAGCAAAACACUUUCCCCCCGCAAGCAUGAAUCUCGAGGUGGAACUGAUCGCGGGGGUCGUCAAAGGUGGCCCGCCCCCCGCUCAUCUGCCAGCGCCGAGGCUGAUCAAGAUAUUCAUCGCCGGCGAGAGGGAUGACUUCCCGGAGGAGCGCAAACAGCUGCUGGAGGUGGUCGGUCCGGAGCUGCAAUCAAUUUACGAUGACAUGGGAAUCGAGGUGCUCCUGGUGGACAUGCAAUACGGGGCCGGCGACGAUCCGGACGCCGAUCCGCAUCUGGCGGAGUACUUCCUGGAGGAGAUAAGCGCGUCCCACCGUCAUUCCAGGGGCUGCUUCCUCCUGCUGUUGACGGGAACAAAUUAUACGGUAGGGUGGGUACCAACGGAAUUGAAAGAGGCUACCUACCGAACGCUUCUCGCGCACUGCGCCCUUCUUAAAGAUCAUUACGAGCACAAUGGGCACUCUUAUGUUUUGAAUGCAAAUAGGUAAACGCU